AUGACUACUUUUUGUUCCAAACUUUACUUAAUUUAUGCGCAUCAAAGUUCAGAAGCAAAUAUCUGCCCAAAUAUGUGUAUUACAAAGAAGUUUUUAUUUAUUUUUGAGCUUUCUGUUGGAGGAUAUGUCAUUGGGUUGUUUACAAUACUUGCUUCGAUAGCCACAACUGCAAGAAUCGUGCUAUUAAUUAACGAAGACAUAGCAAAUGGAAAUCUUAAAGCACUUGGAGUUGAAAUCGUAGGAAUUUCCAUUGCAUCCAUAUUUUUUGUUAUGUCAUGUCGGCUAACGUAUGGAGUGAAAACCCACAAUUACGACAAAGUUGAAUCAUUUCGCAUUUUAACCAUUUUUUCUGUAGCAUUUAUCUUAGCGAAAAUUCUGUUAACAGGAAGCAAAACUAUGGCUAGUGAUUCUGAUAUUGAAACAGAAUUUGUUAUUGAUAUAUUGUUGACUUUCGCAGUGCUACUAGUCGAGCUUUAUGUAUUCAUAAUAAUUUAUUCUUUAUCGGAAAAAUUUCGAAACAAUUCGUUAAAACGAAAGCAUAUUUUGCUCAUGGAUUUGAAAUCAGAAGCAUAA